AUGGCGGCCGUGAGGGCCAAAAAGGUAGUGUUAGAGAGGUCAUCUCGCCGUUCCAAAGCGGCGCGGAACGUGGGCUCAUGGGGGACAGGGACCAAGGGAUGGAUGGUCGGCAUAGAACAAAUGGACUCCGCCGAUAGCGGCGCUGGGGUUGACGAGGGGAUGGUGGUGCUCCCCACUGACCCGGGAGGACCUGGUGUGGCAUGGUCUGAUGGACUUGGGGAGCCUGCAGGGGACUCUGCUAACUUCUGCUUUUUGAAUGCUUCUGCAUGGCGAUUAGGGGGGCCGCGACGUCGACUCGGUCGUUCCCUUGCGCAGUCUGGUUCGUUGGUCCAUGAGCAUCUAAAGGACACAGCGGGUGUUCCCAUGCUUUUGCGAGUCGCAUUCAGAAGCCUAGAACAUGGGGUGAUUGUCGCGGACCAGGACCAGGACGUCCGCGCAUACUACACCACAGAAGCCGGACGCAGCAGCGCUGUCGAUUGCGGGUCGGAGACGGAAAGUGGGAAUGAUAACAAGAGAAAUCUGGAGAAGAUGCAGCAGGGAUGA